GCCAUUUUUAAAAACGAAACCCGUAAAGCAAAAAGAUUUUAUUUCAAUAAAAAUGAUGGACUUAAAAGACAUUAUAAAAUGGUUCAUACCCUGUUUCCACAUUUUGCUACUAAAAAAAAGAAAAAUGAGCAAAAAGAUAGUUGUAAUUUGUUUAUUUUUGUUUUUUAACAUAAUCUGUGCGGAAGUUAGUGAUGUAGUUAGUGAAAACAGUUUAGUUCAAACCAAAAAUGUAGGUGAUAGUUUAAGUAAAUAUGUGGAAGCGAAAAGUGAAAAAUAUAACCAAAGUGAUAAUUUUGCCGCGCGAAAUUCAAAAAGUUUGGAAUUGAGAACAUUUGGAACGACUUCUGUGGGCAGAACCUUCGGCCGUCCCUUCAAGAAGAUGAUGGCCGGCCUGAUUCCGGUGAUCUUCCAGCUGGGCAUGGCGUCCACGUGGGCAGUGGUCGCGGCCCUGGUCGGCGUCAAAACCCUCGUGGUCACCCUGGUCAUAUUGAAGAUCCUGCUUACUGCUGGCGCUGCUAAGGUCGGCGCUCUGUUCGCGAGCAAGCACGAGAGCCACCAUCACGAGCCGCAUCCUCAGAAGGAGAUCCACCUCCACAUACACAACGGACAUGGACAAUAUGGGCACGAGCACCAUGAGGAAAUAUCAUCAUGGAAUAGGGAAGGCCACCCACUACAGGACUCCAAAUUAAACUACGUAAUAGACCCGUACAGAGUCGCUUCUGGACCUCAAACUAUAAGCACUCCUUACGGGACUUAUGUAAAAGUUGACCCGGCUCCUAACGUUGUAAUUUAGCUGUUUUUUUUAAUUUAUGGCACA